AUGGCCGUAGAAUGCUGGCUUCACCAAGUACAUUUGCCCUGGCUUGCAAGCAAGGUGACCCACAGGACGCCGGCACCAUGGCUUGGCGUUACACAAGGGACUCCUCCACAAAAUGAAUCCGUCAUGCGACGGACCAAGCUGGAGAACGUGUUGAAGCGAGUCACCACAGGCCAAUCCCUGAGUGACAAAGAGCCCAGUACUUCCAGGUACGGCACCUACUCGGGACUGCAAAAGCACGCAGACUGCCAGCAGAUGAGUCUGACAAGAUCAGGUAUCUCAUGGGAAGGUGAUGAUGGGUCCCUGGAGAUCAUACCCAUACUGAUGGCGGAUGUGAUGUGCGCGCAGGUGCAGCCAAAGUUCAGCUUCUCCAAGCCUGAUGCCACGCAUGUCAUGCUUGUUGCGCCGCGUGUUCAAUCCAUGUCUGCAGUUUGGCUGCUAUGCACGAAUGCCGGCACUGGAGACUUUAGCGUGGAUCAUUUUAUGAUGAGUUUGAGCAGGCGAGGUGCAGUUCGCUGGGACGUGAAAGAUUGCUGCCAUUUCUCUGCCAAGUGCUGUGGGCAGGGCGCCCACGGAUCCGUUUUCAGUGGUGUCUCAUUGCUGCCACUCUAUGACCCGCACAAGAAGCUGAUGAGAGAGAAGGGGGAUGUGCUCGACAUGCAGAAGGUUCACAACCUGGGAAGGUUGGCUAUCAAGAUUUGGGACAAGCCCAACAGUGCUUUCGUCCGUCGAGAGGUCAACUUUCUUCAGGCUGCAGCCGGCCAUCCCAACAUUUCUGCCCUGCAAGGCGUAUAUUGCGAGGCGCCGCGCAAGAAGAGUCCUGUCAUAUGGCUUCUGGUUUUGGAACACUGCACCGGUGGGGAUUUGUUCGAUAUGGUGCGCGACACACAGAUGCCGCAAGACAAAGUGAUGGAGGUGGUAUUUUCCCUAUUCUCGGCGCUGGCACAUCUGCAUGCCCUAGGCAUUGUGCAUCGAGAUGUCAAAGCUGAGAACGUAGUCUUGCAAAGGCAGCACGCGGUUUUGAUUGACUUCGGCAUUUCUGCCUAUGUCGAUGAUGCGGAGGAGAUGGUGAAGCCAGUCGGCUCCCCGGGCUACGCGGCGCCGGAGGUCAUUGCAACGAAUCCUCGGCGCUACAAUCAAUCGGUGGAUGUUUUUGCGACUGGGGUCUUGACAUACUUCAUGCUCUACCGCACCUUGCCCUUCUGGGGGGAGAGCCAUGAAGACAUGCUCAACAAGACUCGAGCCUGCGAGGUGAACUACCCGUCAGAUGAUCGCAAUUUGUCUGAGAGCUUCGUGGACCUAACGAAACGAAUGCUCUCGAAGGAACCGGACAGUCGGCCCAGCGCGCUGGAAGGCUUCCAGCAGCUGGCCAGCAUUGCCCCCCCCGAGCUGACCAGCAGCAAGGGUGCAAAGGCGUACAGGAUAGCCUUGGCGGGCCUCGUCAAACUUGGCCACCUUGACGAGCCUGGCGACGAGAACUUCGACGAGUUCUCUCAAAGCAGUCCGCCCCCUGGUGAAAGAGACGUGUCUGCAGCACCGUCGACGGCAUCAAACAGGUCAGGCUUCUGGGACGCCGUGGAAUCUGCCAGCAGCACAUUGAGGCAGGCCUCCCGCUCUUUGCGCAUUCCCCGAGUUGGUCCAACCAUUUCAAAGGUGAUGCGGAACAUUCGGGUGCCAACUCUUCGCUCCAGAUCGUCGUCGACACGCGUGGCUGAUGGUGGCAAUGGCCAUGGCGAUCAUGACCCAGAUGAUUUGGGCCACUGUCUCGGGGCAGUUGACCUCGACGCAAGAGAUGCGGAGGAGGGCUCGUUGAAGCAAGGAGCGCCCGAGUCUUGUGGUGCAGCGUCAACGACGAUAACCAAGCUUGGCAAUGAGAAGUCGGAAAGCUUUGUAUACUCAGAUUGCAGAGCCUCGAGCUCGAAAGAGAGACCCUCUGCAUCCAGCUCUGAGUGCAGAGGGGCAGGCACUUUAAUUUCGGCUGGGCCAGACUUGGUCAUGCUGGAAGAAUGCGGCGACCGUGAGGUGUUCGGCGGGCUGGGGGAUGAGUUCGACAUCCGGUCUUUGGACGGGAAGGAGAACCUGAAGUCCCAUGACGAGGUGCCGGCUGAACGUAACGCAAGUCCGGACAGAGAGGCAGAGAUUAUUCCACGGCUCAUGGUUGUGGCUGCGCCCCCCAGCUCGGCGCCCCCCAUGAUGCCAACACCCCCUGCUGGGGUCAGGGAGGCACCGGUGCCCAAGCACCGCCAGCGUGGUUUGGCCAUUUUCCGGAAGCUAUUGAGUGCUGCUGAGGAGUGA